AUGCUCUCAGCUGCACAGAACGCUGCCAACCAGUUCAGCAACACUUUACAAAACAACAACAGUGGCCAGACGCCGCCGAAGACUAGCAACCUGACGGUGAACCAGACCGACCUCCCGGAAGAAGACCAAGUCCAAGUCGAGCCGCCCCUUUCUCCCUCCAGAGACGCCAACAUGGACAAGGAGCCCGCCGUCAAGACGCUCGGCGACGGCGAGCUGACGCUGAACCAGCUUGGCAUUGUCGACCCUCCGAGCAUCUCAGGCACCCCCAUGACAGCCAAAUUUCCCGAGUCGGUCCGAUCAGAGACCCGUGCGAGAUCGGAAUCAGCGCCAGCCGCUGACACUUCCUCGGCCGCAAGCCAUGAGUAUGGCUCUGAUGACGCUCGCCCGGCGCAGAACAACGCGCCACGUUCACUCCAUAACUCGCAGCGGCAGCGUCCGGAGUGCCCUGGGCCGCCGUCGCCACCGAGGAAGCUCAACCGCAACAAGAGGGACCGGGACAACCAUCGGCGCAGCCAUCGCUGCGGGCCAACUCUUCUCUCGGCAACCCGGCAGCUAACACCAGUCAGCAGAGGCUCACGGGCUUUCGCCGUCUCGAGCAAGAAACGAAACAGAGACUUCCAUGCGCUGUUCAAGAGCGUGCCAGAUGACGACUAUCUCAUCGAAGACUACAGCUGUGCGCUGCAGCGAGAGAUUCUGGCUCACGGCCGUCUAUACGUGUCCGAAGGGCACCUCUGCUUCAGCAGCAACAUUCUGGGUUGGUCGACUACUCUGGUUAUGAGCUUCGACGAGAUAGUGUCCGUCGAGAAGAGGAGCACGGCGCUCGUUUUCAAGAAUGGGCUCAUGAUCUCGACAUUACACGCCAAGCACAUUUUCGCAAGCUUCACCAGCAGAGACUCAACCUACGAUCUCAUCGUCAACAUUUGGAAACUAGGACAUCCUACACUCAGGAGUUCACUGAACGGAGUGCAGCUUGAGGGGACGGGAGGCGACAAAACAGAAAAGGUUGAUGUUGGCGAUGAGGGUUCCCAAAUCGAGGGGGCUCACGACCAGUUGGACGACCAGAGCAUGUCUGGUUCGGAUGACGAGAGCGAAGAUGGUGAUGACAUCUACGACGAAGAUGAUGAAGAGGACAUGGUCGAGCCAUCGCAGCCCCAAGAACCUGGAGCCGAGUCGGACCACGAUAAGGUCAUCGGACGCAAGGCCUCUGGUGCGACGGUGCUUAACGGCGCGCCUUCCGAUCUCGUCAACGCUGUCGGCCCACCUAUUCCCGCCGACGACUUCCCGGGUCCUGCGACCCAUGCCCCUACCGAGUGCGGUGACGCGGCAUCUCACUACGAAAAGAUCGUGGGAGACGACGUUGUUCCCGCCCCUCUGGGCAAAGUGUACAAUCUUUUGUUUGGGCCUGCGUCAGUCACUUUCAUGUCCAAGUGGCUUGUUAACGAGGCCAAGUGCUGGGAUCUCCAAAUGGAGGACAGAAAGGGGUUGAGCUCGGACAACAUGACGCGGACCUACUCCUACAUGAAGCCACUUGGCGGCUCCAUCGGCCCGAGCAAGACCAAGUGUAUCGUGUCUGAGUUGAUUGACCACAUUGAUUUGGAAAAAGCAGUCAACAUCACCUGCUCGACCCAGACCCCAGAUGUGCCCAGUGGAAAUGCCUUUAUUGUCAAGACGAAGUACUGCCUGUCCUGGGCCGAGAACAACUCAACCAGGGUCCAGGUCAACUGCACCCUGGAGUGGACCGGCAAGAGCUGGCUCAAAGGCCCCAUCACGAGCGGUGCCAAUGAGGGCCAAACAACCUAUGUAAGCGACCUCUUGGCGAGCAUCAAGGCUGCCGUGUCCUCGAGGCCGCGAUCCGGGACCGGCAAUACAGGCUCCGGAAAGAAGAAGAAGGGCCGCAAGAACCGCAACCUGCAGUCGGGUGCGGGGGGCGAGGACAAGAGCCAUGCCAAGAGCGCACCCCCGGAGACCUGGGGGUUGCUCGAGCCGCUGCGCCCCAUACUGGGUCCGAUUACCGACUUGCUGAAGCCACUCAUGACGGGCAACGUUACGUACGGUCUCCUCGUUGGACUGCUUGUGGCGGCAUGGUUCGGAUUCCCAGGCCAGGGCGCACGGCGCGAAGUCGGGUUCUACGGAUAUCCUGACAGGGUGGCCCGCAUACGAGGAAAUGUGGCGCCGGGAAGAGACAGAGUUGUGGGACUGGCUCGAAGAACGCGUAGGGCUCGAGCGAUUGCAUGA